AGGGACGGAGCCGGCGGCCAGGAAUGAGUACCUGCACGGAAAUGUGAAACGGGGCUGCGGAGCGGGGCCGGAGCGGGGCGGCAGUUCUGCUGCGGGCGGCCGGGAGCUUUCGCGGGAGGCAAACGCCGGUGUCCCAGUCCCUGAGUGUCCCAUUCCGCCACGUCCCGAAACAGUUCGUGCCUCUAUCUGUGCGUCCAGAGUGAGAGUGGUCUGAUACUUACUCUUAGGCAAAAGGAAUCGGGAGCAUUUAGCCGUCAGAGAUGAAUCGGGACCGUUCUCGAUGUAAGGCUCUGCAUUGACGUCACAAUGACACGGUGAAGCUGAAGGCAGGAGCUGGGAACUGUUCUUCUGCUUCACUUCUGGUGACUGAGUGAGUUUGCCAGCCCUGUGUUCCUUCCAGCAUGGCCAAGAGUGCAGAAGUGAAGUUGGCGAUCUUUGGUCGAGCUGGCGUGGGCAAGUCAGCUCUCGUCGUGCGCUUCCUGACCAAGAGGUUCAUCUGGGAAUACGACCCGACGCUAGAGUCGACGUACCGUCACCAAGCUACCAUUGAUGAUGAAGUGGUUUCCAUGGAGAUACUAGACACAGCUGGUCAGGAGGAUGCCAUUCAGAAAGAAGGACACGUGCGAUGGGGUGAGGGCUUCGUGCUGGUUUACGACAUCACGGACAGAGGCAGCUUCGAGGAAAUGCUGCCACUUAAGAACUUGUUGGAUGAAGUUAAAAAGCCCAAAAAUGUCACCCUGAUCCUGGUGGGGAACAAAGCAGACUUGGAUCACUCCAGGCAAGUCAGCACAGAGGAAGGUGAAAAGCUGGCCACAGAACUUGCCUGUGCUUUUUACGAGUGCUCUGCUUGCACAGGAGAGGGCAACAUCAUGGAGGCCUUCUAUGAGCUCUGUCGGGAGGUGCGGCGCCGGAAGAUGGUCCAGGGCAAGACUCGGAGACGAAGCUCCACCACCCAUGUCAAGCAGGCCAUUAAUAAGAUGCUUACCAAAAUCAGCAGCUAAAAGAGCUGUCCUAAGCCAGAGAAGCAUUUUAGAGCAGUUUAGCUCAGAGUAGGGAUGGGGCAAGCAGAGCACGUUUAAUGAAAAAUGGUCAAAGCUUUGCAAUGAAAACAAAAAAAGACAAACACCUUCACUUUUUUGAGUAACACGGAGUUGUACUAUUUUCCUGUUUUGAAAUGCAUUUAGCCACACUGUUUCUGACUAAUGUGGGAUAAAAAAAACCCAAAACACCAAGAAAAAAAAACCAAACACCAAAUGAACUCCAAAGGACUAGACAAUUGUGGGGAUUGGCAACCAAGAGAGAAUCUUCCGCUUCUGUGUGGCUAGCUCCAAUCCCCUGCAAGUCAGUAGUGCCUAAACAUCAUUUCCAGCCAGAUUGCUGCUCGGUAGCCAUUGGAGAGUAAGAUUCAGCCCUCUGAAUCAACAGCCAUCAUCAACAGUCCACCAACAACCAUCACAAGCGGUGUUGUCCGGGACUGAAUACAUGGAGAGGCUGCUGCGUUGUAUCAGAAAGUUCACCUGACACCUUCACCAGCUCUAAGUUGGCUCAUUGUGUGCUUUCACUCCAAACUGUCCUUCCUUGUUAUUUUUGUCAAGUCCAUGGGUGUUGAUGUUCUUAGCAAGGUAUGCAAAAAUAUAGGAAAGGUCUAUUUCCUGGAGUGUUCAGCCAGCUAGACACACAUUUCAAGAGAGCUGAAGUUCAGCUGCUCUUCCAGCUCCUCUGAAAUGGCAGAAUUCUCAAGAAAUAAUCAGCUAGUCCAGUGGCAUUUCAGCAUUUCCCCCUCAAAGUGCAGUACUGUGCUUGGGGAAAUGGGAGUAUACGCGUUGGGAAAUCAAACUGAAAAAAAAAGCCCAAAAAAACAUAUUACUAUUGAUUUAGCUGUGGGUAGUUUUUAGCUUUUGUUAAUUUUUUGUUUUGGUCUUUUUUUCGAUUCACGUAGUUCCUCUUAGUCUAUCUUAUACUGAAGAAGAACUGAAUCCUUGGGAAGGCAAGUAUUUAAAGUCUAAGCCCAAAUGUAAAUCAGAUCUGAAUGGCCUCUACCAUAUCAAAAGACCAUAAUUUUCAGCUGUUUAAACUUCCAGAUGCUGCUUGGAGCACUCUGGGGCUUAAAGCAGCACAGGUUUUUUGUGACUGUUACCCCGCACAUUGACAUGAAAGUGCAUUUUAUCAGAUUUUGGUGCCUGGGAUAAAAGGUGUCCAGUUUUUUCCUUCUCCCUGAUCAUCUCAUUUAAGCCAGUUGCCAAGUUUUGCCUCCUGUCUAGUUGGUUUGUUAACUGCUAAAAGAUGCAUGAACCGAGAUCGGAAGCUUUUCAUUCAGAUUGUGCUGGUCUCCCUCCAGUGGCGUUGAGUCCCUUUAGGCAGCUCAGACUGUCAACAUGUAGAACCACAGCCAGCCACAGGGUCGGGAUGACAAAUUAGCAGUGUUCUUCUUUGAGGAACAGCCUCCUUGUAGCAACUACUUACAGCUUUAUUCUCCACUGCUUUGUAUUUCGUGUGGUUAUUUGCCUCUGCAAGGAAGUAACUCCAAAAGACUAUCAAAUGCAAAUUGCCACAGAUGUAGGAAAGGGAGUAAAUCUAGUUGGAUAGCACUUUGUACAGUUAGAGGUAGCCAUAUAGGUGGUGGAACAGGCUGAAGAGGCAGGUAUGUGUAUCCCUGUGAACAGAGAAAAUUUUCAAAUUAGGACUUCUAGUGUAAGUAUUCACUUAAAGAUAUUUUACCAAAGUACAUUUUUUUUAAACUUUCACUUUUAGCCAACCAGCAAAGAACAUCACAUUCAGAUGUAUAUUUUAUUUGUGCUGUUGUUUGUUUUCUCUGCUUCUGUAUUCUAGAUGGUAAAAAACUCAUGUCACUCUCCUGGCAUCAAUGUCUAUAUUUUGGUCCUCAUGUUCACGUGUGUUGCUGUACAUCAGCUGGACACACUGCAAUGGAAACUUCACCGUGUGCUUCUCAGCAGGGGGUUCUUGCAACAGGCCUCUGUGACACACUUGUUCCCAUACUAUUCAUCAUAUUGUUGACUUUUUAAAAAAAAAAAAAAAAAAACAGAAAAAAAUAGAGUUUUUGCCAUUUUUAGUCCUGUUAGUAAUGUAGAAUCAAUACAAGUGUAAAAGAGCGAGCUAGUGCCUGUUCACAAACCAGAAUUGUUUAGCUGAGGGGCUGAACUUGCAAGCAAUGUAGUUACAUUAAGAGCCAGAGUGAGCAUUUGCAAGCUGAAGCACUAAGGUUCUGUUAUCUUUCAAAUCAGUGCUGGUGCACUAUAUCUGAAGUAAACAAAAUCCUUACCUGGAACCCCAUGGCAACACAGCUGAGUCUUUACUUUGGUAUGCUAAGCAAUUGAUUCAUCCCUCUCAGAAAACUUCAACAGUUCUUUAUCUGAAAAACCUUUCUUGGGGUUCAUGUUGGAGCUGCAUUUAAAAUAUAAAAAGGUUAUAAAUGAAUGACAAGAGAAAAUAAUUAAUCAUAUUCAUGCUAGAAGAGUUGAAAGGAAGGGGAGGCUAAGUUAUGACCCUCAUACUUUCCAAAAGAUUUCCAGCAAAUUGUAUCUUCUUCUAUAACAUCUGUAUAGACAAAUUAUAAAAUCCUGGUGAAAAUAAAAUGUUCCACUGUGCAAAUAUCCCUUGUUACAUAAAGAACUUACAACAAAAAUAGUAACAUUCCUUUGCAAA